ACAUGGUCAUUCACAUCAUCAAAACCCAAAACCCUAGGGCAAACUAAUUGAGCCUGCGAGCAUGGACUUGCAGCAGAGCGAUUUCGACCGCCUUUUGUUCUUUGAGCAUGCCCGUAAGACCGCCGAAGCUACAUACGCCGGUGACCCUCUCGAUGCCGAUAAUUUGACAAGAUGGGGAGGCGCUUUAUUAGAGUUAUCUCAGUUUCAGAGUAUUCCUGAGUCAAAGAAGAUGAUCCAAGAUGCUAUUUCAAAGCUCGAGGAGGCAUUGGUGGUUAAUCCCAAGAAGCACGAUACUCUUUGGUGCCUGGGAAAUGCCUAUACAUCCGAUGCAUUUGUAAAUCCAGAUCAGGAGGCGGCAAAAAUUUGUUUUGACAAGGCAUCUGUGUACUUUCAGCGAGCUGUUGAAGAGGAUCCAGAAAAUGAACUAUACCGGAAAUCUUUAGAGGUGGCUGCUAAGGCACCUGAGCUGCAUGCAGAAAUACAUAAGCAUGGAUUUGCACAGAAGGCAACGGGGGCAGCUGGACCUUCUACUUCAUCAAGUACAAAGACUCAAAAGAGAAAGAAGAGCAGUGAUCUGAAGUAUGACAUUCUUGGCUGGGUAAUUCUGGCUGUUGGCAUUGUUGCAUGGGUGGGAUUUUCAAAAUCGCAUCUACCGCCUCCUCCUCCACCUCCUCGAUAAGUGCGGCCGGUGAUUUGCUACUUGCUUCUUCGUCGACUAAACUUUAGUGCCAGCAGCUGAUGUCUUGAUGAUUAUUGAGAAUCACAACGUAUUACUUAAAAUUUUGACAGCAGUGAUGCAUAUCGCUCUGUAACCUUGUAUUUGUUGACAUAAGAAAUCUUUUCUUUAAGUUGAUUGGGUUGACAA